GCUAACCCCUCCGGUUUCUGCGUGCACUGCCACGUUAAUAGCGGUAGACACAAACACACCAGCUACUCUCCCGAGCCAAGAAAGGAAAAGAAACACAUUUCAAUCCGAUACCAAUCUCUGCUUAACCCGCAGCCGAUCCCCCCCCACACGUCUGCAGCUCUCAGGAAGAAAACUCGACGGUAACUAUGUUUAAGUUUUUGCUCUUUUGUGCGCUGGCCGUUGCCAGCAGAGCUGACAUCGCAGAAGAAGAAGACGUCUUGGUGCUGAAGAAAAGUAACUUCGACGAGGCUCUCCAGGCUCACCCCAACCUCCUGGUCGAGUUCUAUGCACCAUGGUGCGGCCACUGCAAGGCCCUGGCUCCAGAGUACGCCAAGGCUGCAGGCAUGCUGAAGGCAGAGGGCUCAGAAAUCCGCCUGGGCAAAGUGGACGCCACCGAGGAGAGCGAGCUCGCCCAGGAGUACGGCGUCCGGGGGUACCCCACCAUCAAGUUCUUCAAGGGAGGAGACAAGGAGUCUCCCAAGGAGUACUCUGCUGGCAGGCAGGCGGAGGAUAUCGCCAACUGGCUGAAGAAGCGUACGGGACCUGCCAUCGCCACCCUGACCGAAGUCUCUGCUGCUGAGUCUCUGAUUGCUGACAAUGAGGUGGCGGUCAUUGGAUUCUUUAAGGACGCCCAGUCCGCCGGUGCUGCAGUCUUGGAAAAAGCAGCUGAAGCCAUGGACGACGUUCCCUUCGCCAUCGCCUCCAGCGACGACAUUUACUCAAAGUUCGAGGUGUCCAAAGAUGGCAUCGUCCUCUUCAAAAAGUUCGAUGAAGGUCGCAAUACCUUUGAUGGGGAGCUGACGAAGGAGAAGCUCUUGGCUUUUGUUAAGGCCAACCAGCUGCCUCUGGUCAUAGAGUUCACUGAGCAGACCGCCCCAAAAAUCUUCGGUGGAGACAUCAAGUCCCAUAUCCUCAUGUUUUUGCCGAAAGCUGAUUCAGACUUCCAGGACAAAAUGGACCACUUUAAGAAAGCUGCUGAGGGCUUCAAGGGUCAGAUCCUGUUCAUCUUCAUCGACAGCGACAUCGACGACAACCAGCGCAUCCUGGAGUUCUUCGGCCUGAAGAAGGAGGACUGCCCCGCCGUCCGCCUCAUCACGCUGGAGGACGAGAUGACCAAGUACAAGCCGGAGAGCAGCGACAUCACAGCAGACAGCAUCACAAAGUUCUGCACGCAGUUCGUCGAAGGCAAACUAAAGGCCCACCUCAUGAGCCAGGACAUCCCUGAGGACUGGGACAAGAACCCCGUCAAGGUGUUGGUGGGCAAAAACUUCGAGGAGGUCGCUUUCAAUCCAUCAAAGAACGUCUUUAUUGAAUUCUAUGCUCCUUGGUGUGGGCACUGCAAACAACUGGCUCCCAUCUGGGAGCAGUUGGGAGAGAAGUACAAGGACAGCCCUGACAUCAUCGUGGCCAAGAUGGACUCCACAGUCAACGAGAUUGAGGCCGUAAAAGUCCACAGCUUCCCCACGUUAAAGUUCUUCCCUGCAGGAGACGACCGCCAGGUGAUUGAUUAUAAUGGAGAAAGAACGCUGGAGGGCUUCACAAAGUUCUUGGAGAGCGGAGGUAAAGACGGAGGCGCCCCUGCAGGAGAUGACGACCUGGAUACAGAUGAUUUGGAGGAUGACGAUGACUCGGAUGGGGAGGAUGGAGGCGACGACGACGGACACGACGAGUUGUAAGAGCUUCAGGAGGAGAGGGCGAGAGGAGACCCACCCCAACCCUUCCAACCAGUCACCACCACCACCACCACCUUUGCUUCCUUGUGGACCUCCCCUGUCCCGUGAACAUUAACGGUUUACCUUGAACUGCCUUUCAGUAAAGCCAGCCUGAGAACCAACCCUGCAGUCCAUCCAGGGCUGGUUGGGCAGUUUUUCUGGUCUUCAGUAUCUACAUCUUUAAUUUUGCUCGUUCUGCCCAGACUGGUCUCGUCCCUCCUGGGGGGGGGGGAUCCUUGGAAUAGCGCACCCACCUCUGUGGGAGACCCCAAUGCCUUGUCCACAAGGCCCAUCAUCUUUAUAGCCUUCUAUAUUUUGACCAAAUGACAAAAGAAAUGGCAUUGUUCAGUUUUUUUUUUUUUUUGAAAAGCUAAGUUUCCUAUUUUUUGGACUCCCACCUGUAAAAUAAGUCUUGCUGUUGUUCAGUGUUGGUUUGAGCUGAAUGAAAUGAAGUGGAGGGGGGGCUGCCAGUGUUCUUCUCUCGACUAAAAACCAGAGGACCAGUGGGUUUCGUAAGGACUCUCAGGGGACAAGGGGCCAUCCUUUUCUUUAUUUUAUAUACAUGUAUUUUUUAAGUAAACUCAUCAGUGUAGCAAACAGGACCCCUCCCCUUCGUCACAUCUGUAGCCAAGACCAGUUAUUUUCUAUCUUUCACCAGGGGCUGGGGUGUCAUGUCUUCAUUCCCAGUUCCUUCUCCUCAUGUCAGCAUAUCUACUGACCGAUUUAUGUCUAAAAAGGAACAGUUAACGUUCAUUGUUUUUAUUUAAUUGCUUUCACGUUGGGGGGGGUUAUUUGUUUUUAAUUUAGGUCUUCUCAUUUUUUUUAUUGUACCAUCGUGCCCGGCUGUUGCCAGCUGGCCCAUUUUGGGGGCGCAGUCGGCCCCUGCUCACCCUUUUUGACCUGUAGGGGGCGACCGGAGCUGGUUCUGAUGGGUAGCACUGCAUUCAUGCCUAAUCGGAGAUUCACUGUGGUUACUGAAGCGGACGGACUGGUGCGGUUUGGUCUAAGUGUGUGUGUUUAUAUCUGGAGCGGGGAGGGAACAGGUGCACAGCCCCACCCCUCAGCCACGCUGCAGCCUCCUGCAUCUCUUUUGGCUCUCCUGGGCACCCUUAGCUGCCGCUGUGUGUGUGUGUGUGUGUGUGAACGAGUGUGUCGGAUGUUUGCAUGUCUGAGAGAAUGGAAGCGUGUGUUUGGGCACAGAGGGGGGGGGUCUAGUAGAGCGAGGGAUGGGUGUGUCAGUCGAGCAGCGGUGGGAGGAGGGGAGUAACAAAGCAUUCCAUCAUAUAAAAAUUAAUGUGGAAAAUGUGAAAUGGUGGCCAAUAAAAAAACAAAAAAA